AUGAGCACCGAGGAAUUCACAGCCAUCUCUGCUCUCUGCCCAAAAGUCAUGCGCAGUAUCGACGAGUACCAGAAUACUGCCAAAGAAAGCGAUCGACUCAGCGCGCUGGAACAGGUUAACAAGCUGGCCAGGGCUUUGGAAAAGCCUGGAUUCGCAGUAUAUAAAAUUUUCUUCUCGGUACGUCUCUUUCAAUGCCCCGCUAUUCCCAUGGCCGUCAAAACAGCCGCGGACCUAGGAAUCUUUACAGCCCUCUCGGCUACAACUUCGUUUGUCACCUGUGAUCAGUUAGCAGCUUCGCAGAACGCCGACGAGGCGCUUGUUGAUCGGAUCAUGCGUGUCCUCGUUUGCAACGGGUUCGCCAGCGAGCGAGGACCACGGGAAUACACACCGACCAAGCUUUCCAAGCAGAUGACGGACAAAAUGAGUCUGAGCAUUAUGGAUGCCAUGUUCGUAGAUUUUUUCCCAAUCAUCCAGAAAACACCGGACUUCUUCAAGCAAACUGGAUACAAAAACCCAGAAGAUCCGAAACGAGGACCCCUUCAAUAUGCCUACAACACACCCCUCUCCUGCUGGGACUGGCUAGCGCAGAACCCGGAAGCCAUGGACCGCUUCAACACGUUCAUGGAAGGUCAUCGCGCGGAUGCACCGCACUGGGCGGACUGGUUUCCCGUCAAGGAGCGGUUGAUCGAUGGUGCGGUGUCGGAUCGGCCUCUGGUCGUGGACGUUGCGGGAGGCCGAGGACAUGAUUUAGCUGGCCUGAAGGAGCGGAUUCCUGUUCUUCCAGGAGACCUUGUUCUCGAAGAACUACCAGCUGUGAUUGACGACAUUCACACACUAGACGAAAGCAUUCGACGAGUGAAGUAUGAUUUCUUCAAACCUCAGCCUAUCAAAGGCGCUCGCGCAUACUACUUCAAACACAUCAUGCACGACUGGUCUGACGAAAACUGCCGAAGGAUCUUGAAGCACACCAUCAAUGCUAUGGAGCGAGGAUACUCGAAGGUAUUGAUUGAAGACCAUGUUGUUCCUGACCAGAACGCCGGUCCUAUGGAGACUUUGCUCGAUAUGAUUGUCAUGACCUGGUGUCCGGGGAACGAGCGAACGCGGACACAGUGGACGGAACUGCUUGGGUCUGUGGGGCUGUCAAUUACGAAAAUCUGGCUUCCAGAUGGGCUCACAAGCGGGAUCAUCGAGGCAGAAUUGAGAGAUCUUACGGGGCAUGGCACCAGAUAG